AUGUCUUUCUUCAACGACGCCUGGAAGGCAAUGGACGGCUUUGGUCAAGAAGCGGGAAAGCAAAUGGGUGGCGCUGCGGAUGAGGCUGGCAAGAACCUUGAUCAAUUUGGCCAGGAAGCAGGGAAGCAUAUCGGCGGAGCCGCGAAUGACGCUGGUGAAAAUCUCGACGCCUUUGGUCAGGAAGCUGGCAAGCACAUCGGUGGUGCUGCGGAAGAAGCUGGCAAGGGUCUCGAUGAGUUUGGACAAGAAGCUAGAAAGCAGAUCGACGAUAUCGCCAAAGAGACGUACGGACAUGUCGAAGCAUUCGGACACGACGCGGCGGAACAGAUCGGACCUGCUCUAGAAGAAGCGUGGAGUCAUGUGGACGCGUUUGGUCAAGAGGCUGGGAAGCAGAUCGGUAUUGCCGCAGAGCACACCAAGCAAUGGAUUGAAGAGCAUCCAGGAGAGACUGCAGGUAUCAUCGCUUGUGUUGUCGCUGCUCCUCUCGGUAUCGCGGCCGCACAUGGUAUUCUGCAUAUGGUGGGCUUCACGGCCGCGGGUGUUGCAGCUGGAUCUACCGCAGCCGGUGCACAGGCCGGCAUUGGGAGUGUUCCAGCUGGGAGUACCUUUGCUGUUCUCCAAAGCGCAGCAGCGGGAGGCGCUGGCGCUAUACUUGUCAACGGCAUCGCUGCGGGCACGGCUACCGGGGUUGCUGUCGCUGCUACAGCCCCUGGUCUUAUCAAAGCCAUGAAGGAAGGCAAGAAGGAAGUUAUUAUCGACGAUGUCACGUACAAGAUCGAGGACAAAGGAGAGGUAGAAUCCUCGCCACCAGGUCAAUAG